CGUCAUUUGAAGGAGGAGUAGCGGGGAACUGGGCCUGAGCAUCUUGGACUCCGGCCUCUCAGGAUGGGCAACGUGAUGGAGGGGAAGACGGUGGAGGAGCUGAGCAGCACCGAGUGCCACCAGUGGUACAAGAAGUUCAUGACCGAGUGCCCCUCGGGCCAGCUCACCCUCUAUGAGUUCCGCCAGCUCUUUGGCCUCACGAACCUGAGCCCGUGGUCCAGCCAGUAUGUGGAGCAGAUGUUUGAGACCUUUGACUUUAACAAGGAUGGCUACAUCGACUUCAUGGAAUACGUGGCCGCGCUGAGCCUGGUGCUCAAGGGGAAGGUGGAACAGAAGCUGCGCUGGUAUUUCAAGCUCUACGACGUGGAUGGCAAUGGAUGCAUCGACCGUGAUGAGCUGCUCACCAUCAUCAGGGCCAUCCGAGCCAUCAACCCCUGCAGCGAUUCCACCAUGACCGCGGAGGAGUUCACAGACCUCGUGUUCACCAAGAUCGACAUCAACGGCGAUGGCGAGCUCUCGCUGGAGGAGUUCAUGGAGGGCGUGCAGAAGGACCGCAUGCUCUUGGACACCCUGACGCGCAGCCUGGACCUCACGCGCAUCGUGCGCCGGCUCCAGAGCGGCGGCGGGCAGCCCGAGGACCAGGCCGAGGCCGCGGAUGCUGGCUGUACUGCGGUGAAAAGGACAGACGUCACUCCUCAGGGAAGCAACACAGACAAACCUCCUUAUAAUAAAAUAGACUCCUAGAGGUGUGGCCAGGGCCUGUGAGGGGCCUGCCUCAGACGUGGCUCCUCACAGGUGACCCCUGACUUUGACCCUGAAAGAAGAGUUGGUGAGGUCCCACCUGGAGAGGAUGAUGGGAGGGGGAGGUUGGGGUGCAUUCUGUGUGCUGUAUGGGA